AUGACGUGGUAUAAAUGGAAUCUCCGGGUUGCUAUUCUCGUCAGCCUCUACUUCCAGAUAUUGUUGGUUUUCAUUGCACCGUUGCGAAAACGUAGAGGAAACAAAAUCAUAAUCUUGCUGAUCUGGGGGGCUUAUCUGCUCGCAGACUGGGUCGCAGUCUUUGCUAUCGGACUCAUCUCCCAUUACCAAGCCAAUAAUUGUGACAAUUAUUGUGUAAACAAGGACCUGCUUGCUUUCUGGGCUCCAUUUCUUUUGCUACACCUUGGUGGUCCGGAUACCAUUACUGCUUUCUCCUUCGAAGACAAUGGACUAUGGCUUCGACACUUUGUUGGCCUUGUCAUCCAGCUUGCCGUAGCUGCUUACGUCUUUUUGCAGUCUUUUCCAAACCAAAUUUGGAUCCCAACAGUCCUCGUGUUUUUUGCUGGAACUAUUAAGUACGCUGAGCGAACACAUGCUCAAUAUCUAGCAUACUUGGGUAGUUUUGACGUUCCUAUGCAUCAAAGCGUUGUUGCAAAUUCUGAUCACUUCGGUGAUGAAGAAAGCCAAGCAUCCCUCACUGGCAUUGCCGUGUUGGAAAAUGGGUACAACUUGUUGCAAAUUCUCAGGGGACUAAUUGCUAGGCGGAGUCCUCGCUUACGUGAGCUUGCGAGUUAUAGCUUCUUUUCUGAGUGGUCAUCCGAAGAUGCUUUCAGGGUCAUAGAAGCGGAGCUCAAUUUCUUUUACGAUGUGCUCUACACCAAGAUGGAAGUGGUGCAUUGUUGGACGGGCUACUUUCUCCGCUUCAUCUUCUCUUUUUUGAUUGUGGUUUCCUUUGCACUCUUUGCAUCAUCCCAUCAUAAACACCAAUUCCACCACUAUGAUAUUGUUGUCACCUACACUCUGCUUAUUGGUGCUGUUGGCUUGGACUUGGGAAGAUUGUAG